AUGGAACUAUAUGAGCAUCAUUUUCUGAUAAUUCUUAAAAAUACGUUGUAUACAUUUAAUGUUCGAAUUGAAAAUCUUCCUAAUAUAUAUCGAAGGGAGCAAAUCGUUAAAAGCAUCGGUUCCAAACUUGGUCAAGUGGAGGAAGUGGAAAUUACAGAGCCAAUUGUUCUUCGCCCUGCGGAGGUUUGGGUUAAAAGCACCGAAGCCCCAGUUGAGAUAGAGUUUCGCUAUGAUGUUUUGCAAAAGUUCUGCACCAACUGUGGUAGUCUGAGACAUAGCUUCGAUGUCUGCCUCCAUCCCCCUAACCCAGAAACCGAAAGUUUCCAGCUGAUGCAAAUUGAUCCUGUGACUCCUAAUGUGGACUCGUCAGUUGAUAUACUCCCAUCUUCGUCGGAUCAGGCUCCAAAUCAGCCUCUGGCAGUUCGUACUACUGCGUCCACAAGUUCUAUCCAGAAUAUCCCCUCACUUUCACUUUUAAAGCCUGAUUCAUCUGAUAAAGUAUCUCCGACUGUGCUUAGUGGUGGUAUGACCAUUUUUUGGGAUGAUAGUGUAGCUAUUAAAUUUUUGUCUAAACCUGCUCUUAAUAGCACGGACAUGUAUAUAAUAGAUGGUGCUUCUACUUUUUGGUGUUCUUAUAUAUAUGGAAAUCCUGUUAAAAAGUACUGCAAUGCUAUGUGGUUUUCUAUGAUGUCUGAUUCAAAUGUAGGGUUUUAUCAAGAUAAACCAUGCUUGAUGCUUGGAGAUUUCAAUGAUAUAAUCUCUAGCGACAAAAAGAAAGGCGGCCCUCCUAGGUCAGAGAGUUCUUUCUCUCUUUUUCGUAAUAUGUUGUAUGUUUGUGGUUUACAUGAUUUAAAAACAACGGGUGGCAAAUAUACUUGGGCUGGGAUCAGACAUUCGCAUACUGUCAAAUCUAAAAUUGAUCGUGUAGUUGCAAAUUGUCACUGGCUUGAUAUGUACCCUACAACUUAUGUGCAACUACUUCCUUGGAUUGGUUCGGAUCAUCGACCUCUUCUCCUUCAUAAUGAGCUUCAUCGACGAUGCGGGUACAAAUUGUUUCGUUACGAUAAUCGGUGGCAGUAUCAUUUAAAGGUCCAGGAGCUAGUAGCCAAUACUUGGAAUACUCACUGUUCUACAAUUCCUCCAGCUAGUGGCAUUAUCCCGUUGGAAGAGCGUCAACAUUCAGAACUCUCAAAAGAACAUAAUGGAGCUAAGAGAUCAUCUUCAUACUGCUUAUGA